ACAAACCAGGCUUACUUGACCUCACAAACCACUCAGUAACACACACACACACACACACACACACACACACACACACACACACAAACCCCAAAAAAACAAAAAGAAGAAAACAUGGGAAGAGCUCCUUGCUGUGACAAAGCCAACGUCAAAAGAGGCCCUUGGUCGCCUGAGGAAGACGCCAAACUCAAGGCCUACAUUGACCAGAACGGCACCGGUGGAAACUGGAUUGCUUUACCCCAGAAGAUAGGGCUUAGAAGAUGCGGGAAAAGCUGUCGCCUCCGGUGGCUGAAUUAUCUUAGGCCAAACAUCAAGCAUGGUGGCUUUUCUGAGGAGGAAGAUAACAUUAUUUGCAGCCUCUACCUAAGCAUCGGAAGCAGAUGGUCGAUUAUCGCGGCACAGUUACCAGGACGGACUGAUAAUGAUAUAAAGAACUACUGGAACACGAGACUGAAGAAGAAGCUAUUAGGCAAACAGUGCAGAGAGCAGGCUGCAGCUCAGGCCCGGCGGGCCAAUAGCCUAAUGCAAGGUCAUCAACUGAAGAGAUCAGAAAGUAGUACUUUUGAUCAUCAUAAUAAUAUCAAUCUUCCUCAUGGCUCGUUUUUGAAUCAAACGGCACCCUACUGGCCAGACCUACCUGCGGUGCUAACCGUGCCGGUGGCCACCAAUCAAAGCAGCCACGUUGUCGACGUCACCAAUAUCUCUCAAGUACUCAAGGAAGACGACAACGCCGGCCGCCAUCAAGCCUCCAUAAAGAACUUGCUGAUCAAGCUCGGAGGAAGAUUCUCCGAAACCGCGAGUACUGAUCAUCAAUUCCAUAACGGUACUAAUUACCCUGCGGAUCAGCUUUCCGCUGUCCAAGAUCAAGCAUAUUCUCUUGAUAUGCUUAGUACUUAUGAUGCUGUAGGACCGACCAUGUACCAAGGGCUUGAGAAUCUUCAAUCUGAGCUAAGAGAACUGAUAUAUAGCAAUCAUCCACAACAAGCAGUCUUAUUGGAUGGUAUUAGUACUAAUAAUUCUGAUGGGUUCUGUGGAAUAAUGGAGCAAAUGUUCACGGGAAGUACUACUACUACUGCUGCUACUACUGGAACAAGUACUACUUCUGUGGACAGCGGAAGCUGGGGAGAGAUGAACAGCUCUUCCUUGGUUUUCGCGACAAAUAUGGUAUCGGAUUAUGGCAACUACCAACUUCCUCAUCAAGAUUCUGCUUUUGAAGAGUCAAGAUACUUUGAGACGAGUACAACGGCAAUGUAAAUAAUGCAUGUGGGGCAUAAUUGAUCAUGAUCUCGGAUCUUUGAGCUAGCUAGGUUAGUUAGCUAGCUUGAAAACCAUAAGGGAAUUUGUGAUCUAAAGGGAGGAUUUGUUUCUUUUUAUUAAUCAAUAUUAUUAAUUUCAGUCAUAUACCUUCAAUUCCAUUUAA